UAGAUUGCACUGUAUCCCCCUGCUUUGCCAGGGCUCCCAUCAAGGCCUGGAAAGUCGGGGAAGGAGCCCGCCACCACCCCCGCCGGGCGGCUGGAGCGCGGCCUGCAGCCACUCUCAGGCCUGGCCAGGCCCAUGGCCGCCCCAGGCGAGCAGGAAGACCAAGAAGAAGGAAGGAGGGGGCCUUCGGGCCCAGAGAGCAUCAUCCAAUGUCUUUUCCAACUUUGAGCAGACCCAGAUCCAGGAGUUCAAGGAGGCAUUCACACUAAUGGAUCAGAACCGAGACGGCUUCAUUGACAAGGAGGAUCUGAAGGACACCUAUGCCUCCCUGGGCAAAACCAAUGUCAAGGAUGAUGAGCUGGACGCCAUGCUCAAGGAGGCCUCGGGGCCCAUCAACUUCACCAUGUUCCUGAACAUGUUUGGGGCGAAGCUGAUGGGGACGGAUGCCGAGGAGACCAUCCUAAAUGCCUUCAAGAUGCUGGAUCCCGAUGGCAAAGGCAGAAUCAACAAGGACUACAUCAAGCGGCUGUUGAUGUCCCAGGCAGACAAGAUGACGGCUGAGGAGGUCGACCAGAUGUUCCAGUUUGCCAACAUCGACGCUGCAGGCAACCUGGACUACAAGGCGCUGAGCUACGUGCUCACCCACGGGGAGGAGAAGGAGGAGUGAAGGGCAUCCCCCCAUCUCCACCCGGGCUGCAGCCAGUUCAAUAAACACGAACCUACA